AUGUAUUCUGUUUUUGUCUCCCUUCUCUUAUUGGAGCUCUGCUUUAUGAUACAAAGGGCUGUCAGAUCACAAGAUGUCUGCAUCGCAGACCAGUGUCGUAAUUUGGAGUUUGGGCCUGAGAAAGCAUUGGAAGGGAAACGCCUCAUAAACCACACAAUUCGCACCGUAGAAAUAACAGUUUCCAGGUUCUGUGAAAACUUGUGUUAUAUGGAGCCCGACUGUGUCAGCAUUAAUCUUUGUUUACGAGCAAAUGGUAAUGGAAACUAUAAAUGUGAACUGAACAAUGCUACUCAUGAAGGAAACGAAAAAAAGUUGAUAGACCAAGAGACGUAUUCUUAUCACGCAGCUGAGAGUAAUUGUGUUCAAAAUUCUUGUAAGAACAAUGCUACUUGUCAAAGCGGAUUUACUAAGAAAGGUUAUCGGUGCCUGUGUACCGCUGGAUUUGAGGGUCCACUUUGCGAAAGAGACGUCAACGAAUGUGUUUUUGAACUACACAAAUGCAGCUCUGAUACGUUUUGCAACAAUGCUAAAGGUUCAUACAAUUGCUCGUGCAAACAUGGAUUCACGGGAAAUGGACGUAAAUGUAAAGACAUCAACGAAUGUGUUCGUGGGCUAUACAAAUGCAGCUCUGAUGCAUUUUGCAACAAUACCAAAGGGUCUUACAACUGUACAUGUAAACCUGGAUUUACUGGAAAUGGACAAGAAUGUAAAGGAGCUUCCUCGUGUAAAAGAAUUCAUGACAUAUCCAAUGUGAGUGGUGUGGUUACCCUUCUUGUUGACUCCCAACCAUUGUCCGUUUUCUGUCACAUGGGAAAUUUUGGAUGUGGAGAUGGAGGAUGGACACCAGUUAUGAAGAUUGACGGCAGAAAGGAAACCUUCCAUUUUGAAAAAUCUUACUGGACUGAUAAAAACGAGUACAACCCUUCAGGAGGAGAGACUGGGUUUGACGAACAAGAAUCAAAGCUACCCACCUACUGGAACACAUCCUUCUCCAAGAUCUGUCUUGGAAUGAAGAUCAACCAACAGCUCAGAUUUAUUGUUGUCAACAGGCUGGCUGACUCUCUGCACUCAAUAAUUGCUGAUGGCCAAUACCGAAGCACGUCGCUGGGUCGUGACGAGUGGAAAAAGUUGAUUGGCAGCAACGCCUCUUUACAGCACAACUGUAACAAGGAAGGAUUCAAUGCCUUUAGUGGUCGAACUGAUCGUUCUAAAGUCAGAAUUGGUAUUGUUAGCAAUAAUGGGAACGACUGCCACUCGUGCAACUCUUUCAUUGGAUUUGGUACGGGAAGUCACCCUAAUGACGCAAAAUCUUGUGGAAACGAGGCAAGAGAAGAUUCAGAUAAUGGACGCAAGAGUAUCAAAGCCAUAGGGUACAUAUUGGUGCAAUAAAACUACACUGUUAUUUAAAGUCCGUAAACCACGCUUGUUUCACCUUGGAGACAUUUUAUUCCGACAAAACAGUCCAGGCAAACGGUCGUGAAAAAGCCCUAAAUAUACAGUAACUACACAUUUAAACUAUUAAAGAGAUAUGUAGACAUCCCCAAAUCUCGUAUACUUCAAUAUACAAGGAUAUUUAAGUCGUUUUCUAAUGAAAUAUUAACGAGCUCAGCUAUAUCAAACAAAGUUUUAAAAUAUUUCCCCAAAAAAAAGAUUGAAUUGUGAUUAAUUGCCCCUUAGCUUUUGUGCAACAGAAACAGCAGUGGUCCCUCGAAAGCCAUCGUUCUUGUUCUCCUAAAAACUACAUUGUUUUAGACUAGAAAUGAAGAAAACAAUUCGAAUAUUCACUGGCAUUAAGUGAUCAUCGAGCUCAAAAUUUUCUACCAGUGACAAUGUCUUGCUCUUGGAACAUGGAACAGUUAAAAUCCGCGUCUUUGAAUACUGAACUGAUUGAUCUUGUGUCCUUUUGUCGCUAGUAAAAGAGUGGAAAACCUUAAAAUAGACUCGGAUUCUAUUGGUUACAGAUUGAUGUUUUAGUACAUGUAGUGCCCGUUUUUUAGCGUGAUUUCCCAAAAAUAGUUAGAACAUAGUAGUUAAACUUUUUCGGCCAAAAAGCAAUUCUAGUAGCAUGACCGUGUCAAAAAUCGUAAUCAAAAGUGUUUGCCACGGAGGCGCACAGGUGAAAUGCAAAAAUAAGUAUUACUCUACACAUCUUUAUUCAAGCAAAACCCAAAAACCAGAUGACGCUCCUAGUCAGUGAUAUUGUGAAUUUGAUUGUGAAUUUUAAAUAUGUCUACAGGAAACUCGAGAAUCUAUUAAAUGAUAAAUUUUCCCGUUUUGUCUUUUGAGGCGAAUUUUCCUCAGUAAGGCAUAAGUAAAAAAGACCUGGAGAGAAAAUCAUGUGCAGGGUGGGCAGUCCUUAAGCAAACGCUGGUUUCUGGAUGAUCUUAAACAUUCUAUAGCUUUUACUUUGUGUUGGUAACGGAAAUUAUUUUG